AUGGAAGAAAAAAAUAAAAAUGACGAAGUUAUAAGACGGGAUGUUAGUAUUCUUCAGAACAUCAACAAAAUUACCGAAGCCAACAUCGUUCAGCAUGAUUUAAAGCUUAAAAGACACGAGAACAUAUUAAUAAAGUUCAUCAUUCCUCUUCUCGAUGAAAUCACCAAAAUCUUAUCAUAUCAAAAUUAUGAUCAACAAGGCCGUGUGCUUGAUCCCGAUGCAAAAAUACUCUUCGAACUCAAUCGUGCAAAAUUGAAAUGUAUUAUUGACGACAUUAAGAACGAUGGCACAAAAGCUGAAGCACUACUUACAUGGGCUGAUACGUUUCUUUUAGCACCAUUCAUUCCAGAGGAGUCAACAUCGCUAAGAUCUGAUCGAACGAUCGAUUUUGUUUUUUCAAACAAUCACCGUGUUGAUAUUCAAACUUAUAAAGGUAAUACAACUAGUGACCAUAAGCCAACAAUAUCAAUAGUACCGUUAAAAGUUAAAGAAAAUUCAAAUGGACCGCAUCCUUACACGGAUGCACCUUGCUCUAUCGAGGAAAAUGACAAUGAUACAAUUCCCGAAGUACAAACACUUGAAUUAAUCGAUAUAGUAAGACAGCGAAGUAAAAAAAGAUCUUGCGACGCUCAUGGGAUAAGUAAUUUCAUGUUUCAAUUUCUUCCAUCAUUGUACUGGUCCUUACUGAAAAAACUCUACAACUGGUCAUUCUCUACAGCAAUCACACCAUCCGCUUGGAAUGAUGUAAGAAUGUUAUUACUGGCAAAAAAAGAUCCCAUUUGCACACCAUCUCUCACGCGUCCUAUUUCCUUACUUGAUGUUUUUCUUAAGAUUAACGAAAAAGCUUUUUUAACGCGCUUUCAAAAUAUCAUCAAUAAUAAAGGUCUACUUCCUGAUACUCAAUCCGGUUUUCGAGAAAAUUUCAGACUUCAAACAAGAGUAUUACUCUUUCUUGAGCAAGUCAUGUCAAUGAUGGCAAACAGUACACCCGUCGCUACGAUAUUUGUCGACUUCAAAACAGCCUUUGACCAACUCUGGUUUGAUGGAUUCAUCGGUAAACUGAAAAGAAUGGGUAUCCCUACACCAUUCUUGAAAUGGAUCGAAAACUGGCUUCUGAAUCGUCGAGCGUAUGUCGAAAUCAAAGGUCAAAAAUCAAGGUGGUUCAGUAUAUAUCGCGGUGGUCCACAAGGAUCAAUACUGACACCCACUGUUUUUAUCACGUACCAUUCGGAUAUGACUAACUACCUUAAUAUGGCGUCGAGUUUUAUGUUCGCCGAUGAUCUAGCUGCGGUAGUGAGCGGUCGCAUAGGAGAAAAAUAUAACAUACAGUGUUUAGACCUGGAACGUAAAUUAAAAUCAGUUAUUGAUGCGCUCGAAUUCUACUCAAUUCUCUCCGUCCAACCAAUUAAUUAUGAAAAAACGGUAGGAUUGUGGUCUGCCCGCGCAAUUGGUACCCCUAAAUUUGACCUAUACAUGAGCGAAAAGAACAUUCAGUGGACUCGUGAAUUUAAAUACUUGGGAUACUGGAUUACACCCAAACUAGGUUGGAAUACUAUGAUCAAUAAGACAAAACUUAAAAUUAGGCAACGUGUAGCAUUGAUUUGGUACCCCUGGACGCCAACGAAUUCCAAUCAAUAUCUCAGUGGACAAGAGUGGAUAGUAGAAAAAGCUUGA